AGUUGCCCCGUCACUCACUCUUAACAAGCAAGUAGAGUGGCUUUGAUAGUUUAUAUUGGAGAGUUUGCCCAGAGCCAAAUUUAACCUCGAGGAGUGGGGGGUGGCUUGGGGGCACACAUGGUAGAGAGCGCAUCCAGCAGGCUACAGUAUGUGUGUGUGUGUGUGUUGUGGUCAGUGGAAGACCCCGGGGCCUGGAUCCUGAUUCCUGCCUGAGCUGUGUCUGAAGACAGAAGACUGAGUCAGGGGGUUUUGGUGGUGUGGACAGAGACUGUGGCCACUUUUCCUGUCCAUUCAAGGGCAUCGCUGGGGGCCCGGAGAUCAACUCUGCACCGAGGCCCGUCGGUGAAGCAGGGCGGCCUCAUGGACCCUCAAAGACGUGCAGUGCUUCACCACAGGGGAUUUAUUAGCUGACAAGUUCGUGUGGAUCAUGUUGCUGCCGCUCGGGUCAUGAAGGCCAGGAGCCGCAAACUCAUGACUGGAACCUAUCCCCCCACCCCCCACCACCACCACCACCCAGCCCUGUCCACACUUGCCAAAUAUAUACCCUCCUAAAGUAAAUAUAAUCCCGUCUGAGUCCACGUGGAAAAGGCCACUACCUGCUACACUCAGUCACUUGGCUCCCUAGAGACUCAUUUUGUCUGAGCUGUGCUGAACUUGGCCUCGGUCUGAGCUCACACAGCCAUGGGGGACUGGAACCUGCUGGGGAAGCUUCUAGAAAAAGCCCAGGAACACUCCACCGUGGUGGGGAAAGUGUGGCUCACCGUCCUGUUCAUCUUCCGCAUCUUGAUCCUGAGCGCUGCGACAGAGAAGGUGUGGAGCGACGAGCUGUCGGGCUUCACCUGUGACACCAAGCAGCCCGGUUGCGAGAAUGUGUGCUACGACGUCACCUUCCCCAUCUCCCACGUCCGCUUUUGGGUGCUGCAGAUCAUCUUCGUGUCCACGCCAACGUUGAUCUACCUGGGGCACAUCCUCCAUCUGGUGCGCAUGGAGGACAAGCAUAAAGAGAGGGAGAGAAAACUCCCUCAUCACCCAGACAAGCAGGCCCUCAUUGUAGACGUUCAUCACAAAAAGGCUCUGGUGAGGGACGACCACGGCAGAGUGCGCCUUCAGGGGGAGCUCUUGCGCACAUAUGUUUUUAAUGUGGUCUUUAAGACCCUGUUUGAGGUGGGCUUCAUUGUGGCUCAGUAUCUCUUGUACGGCUUUGAGCUGAAGCCCAUGUACACAUGUGACAGGCCACCCUGCCCUAAUGUGGUAAACUGCUACAUAUCCCGUCCCACUGAGAAAACCAUCUUCAUCAUCUUCAUGCUGGCGGUGGCCAGCUUGUCUCUGUUCCUCAACCUCAUAGAGAUCUACCACCUGGGCUUCACCAAGUGUCGCCAGGGCAUCACGUGCAACAGAGGGCGACGGCCCACUGGGAGUGUCUCCAAGGAGCCCAGCGAUGCCGCUGUGCCCUUUGCACCGAGUUACGAGGACUACUUCCACCAGGUCCAGCCUGCCUACCCUCCCGUGCCCAGCUACGACCUCUCCCCUCUGUCUGAGGGCACAGACUCGUCCUUCCACCCCUACAACAGCAAGGCGGCUUACAGACAGAAUAAGGACAACUUGGCGGUGGAGAGGAGCAGCAGCAAGCCAGAGGAAUGUGACCUGAAAGGCGAGAAGGGAGCAGGAUCAGCCCCUGGGUCACCUACGCAGGCCCGGCCCGGCCGCAGUGCCAAACACAGCAACAACAAGACUAGAAUAGACGAUCUGAAGAUAUGAGGAGGUUUAGGUUUCUCUGAGGGGUCUUAAAUUGUUGUGAGAUGAUCGUAUGUUUGGACACAUCCAUACAUGUUGAGCUGGCUCCCCUCUUUAAGAUGGCACAGGUUUGACUCAUUCCAACUUUUUGAGGGGAGUGACAUUUAUUGGGCACACAAAGACGCUGCAGCUGUACUGUGAUUUGGAAAGACUGUGGCGCAACAAAAACUUUUCUAAUGAACCUAGACGGAUUUUAUUUUUGCCCCAUCACCCUUUAUCUAUCCCUUUUUUUUCUCGAAAAAACCUGAUUGGAUUUCAUAUUAGAUUGUAGCAUAAAUGGUUUAUGAUACAACGCCCUAUUUUCAGUUGAGAUUUCAAUUGUGUAUGUUUCCACUAUUCACCAUUAUAACUGAGAAUCUAACAAAACAUGAUCUGCUCAGGUUUGACAUCUUUUAACUUAUUUUUUCUCUCUCUCUCAGUGUGUGAUGAAUGUGCCCAAACUUUGGGAACAAGAAUCCGUCGCAGAAACUUGUCCAGCGCUAACCUGACCUCAUUUAAGGAAAUCAGUUAAGACGGUUAGUUAAAUUUAACUUCCUUUAACUCUUCUGAGGUCACCACCUUGCACAGUUCACUUGCUCCGACUUGAAGUGAAGAGUUGUGCAAUACCUGACAACACAUUGGACACUGGAGUCCCUGUAACUAAUUCCAGGACGUGCCUCAAAAGAAAUUGCACUGGUCUCAGGAGUUCCCACAUUUGUGCUGUCUCCUUUUGUAGCGACAGCCAGCAAAUACAUAAUCAUAAGCACAUUGUUUUGUUUAUCCUUGUUUAUGUCCGUGUUUGUAUCGUUAGUUUUCUGUAAAGCACUUGGCGACGACCAUGUUUGUGAAAAUGUUUGGAAUAAAAACCUGUCUUAAAUUUGCAAAGUUAACAGUGCAUUUGGAAGAUUGAGUCCUCAACAGGGGGAAAAAGGUGGUAAGUAUGUCACAACUGUAACUGAGGCUGAGAAAAAAGUAAACACUGGUAGUGUGUAAUAGUCACACCAAGCAAUGCCAACAUAUAGUGAAGCUCUGCAGCCAUUCAACGAUAUUUCAAGAAUAAAAAUGUACAUUUACUGAACACUGAAGGUCAGAAAUUCGACUCUGACAGGCGUAAGUUGACUCAUCGGUAUCUGCACACAAACAUUUCAACCUGUUCGAAACGUGAAGGCUUUCCUGUCCAACACAUGCACGUCUCACUCUCAUCUGUGCCGGGAAAGCACAGCACACACACACGCGUGCACACACACACACACACACACACACCCCCCUGUUAUGGAAACCUUGAAAAUAAUGACAUUGCAUGUUAAUGAUGAGGAAGCUCUCUCAUAUCUUUGGACCAGUAUGUUCAUGAUUUCCUGUAAAUGUAUGGGAAGGGCAAAUGUGAUUUUUUUGUUUCUUUCUCUCACUUAAAUGUAUUAAAAACAAAAGAGUUCA